AUGAGACUUACUAAAUUUAUAGGUAGAAUCCUAUUAGCCAUCUUAUUUGUAAAUGCUGGAUUUUCACAUUUUUUAAAUCAGGAUUCAUACAUUCAUUAUUUUAAUAUAAGAUACCCAAUAUUUUAUUAGUAUGCUAAAUCAAUACCAUUUAUAGAAUCAUCUUUAACUUAAUUUGAAUAAUUGGUAUCAAAUAAAUAUUUAAUAAGUAACCUACUAAUUUUAUCAAAUAUACACCCUAAUUAAUUCAAGCCUUAGGAUUUACAUAAAUAUUAUUUGGAUUUGGUGUUGGUCUCGGAAUUUAAAAAGCUGGUUAUUUGUUAGCAUUUCUGACCGUGUUUAUUACUAUAUAUGCUCAUAAUCCUUUAAUCUACUCUAAAUAAGUGUAUUUUAAAAUGAUAAUUCUUUUUAAGGGACAUUGAAAGAGAAUAUAUAUAAAUUAUUUUUAAUGUUGGAAUAAUUGGAGCUUUAUUUUUAGUCCAUAAAAAUAAAAACAAUAAUAAAAACAAAGAUACUUAGAUUAGGUAUUAUUCUUAUCAUUCAUAGUUGUUCGUCUACAUCUACAUAAGAAUUGAAAAAAACUGAGCAAGCUAAAUAAAAAAAUUCUGAAACAGCCAAGUAAGAUGAUUCAAAAAAACCAAAAGCAAAAGCAUAAUGAGCUAUUUAAUUAUAUUAGAG